AUGGGAAUAAAGUACAACCUUACCGAUUCAAAAUAUCUGGACUUCCUCGCAAAUUUGGAAUCCAUAAUAUCAGCAAAAACUCUAACAGAAGAUGAGCAGUUUACAAUCCGAGACAACACCGUACACGCCCUAAAGAACCGAACCCUCUAUUCAGUGGUAUCAAAAGAAGAAAAGAAAGCACUAAAGUCUCUUAAAACAGACAAAAGCAUCAUCAUCCUUCCUGCAGAUAAAGGAGGCUCAACCGCCAUCUUAAACAAGGCUGACUAUGAUACGAAGAUGCUCUCAUUGCUAGAGGACAGGUCAACAUACAAACCUCUGAACACGGAUCCCACUAAAAAACAGAAUGCAGCUAUUGAAAAGGUACUCAAGCGUCUUACAGAAACGAAACAAAUAUCAGUAGAUGUUGCCAAGUUCUUAAAACAAACCGAACCAAACACAGCCAAGAUCUACGGACAGCCUAAGGUACACAAGCCCGAAGUACCAUUGCGACCGAUAGUAUCCUUAAUCGGCGCUCCUAAUUAUAAGAUCUCGUAA